AUGCACGAUGGGCAGGGAGUAAAAGAACGGCACGAGCUCCCUCUUUUAUUCGCGAUCUUCGAAAAGCAACUUCCUUUUUCCUCUUCCUCGAGAUCUGCAUGGCGUCCAUCCUCCCAUACGGUAGUAACCUCUUCGGAUCCCAUUAUUUUUAGAAAGAUGAAAGAAGACAACUCUUACGCCAAUGAACAUCAUGGUGAUGCUCAAGGUGGUAACUCUACUGGAGACGUUGAUCAGCAACCAGACCAGCUUGACUCGGCAGUAAUGGAUAGCCUCAUCAAGCGAGCAGAGGCGGAAGCCGCGCAGCAGUACCAUGACGAAGCACAGCAGUACAGAGAUAAAGAAUCUAAUGCCAAAAAAGCUCAAGUAGAAGACAAGAAGCAAGUUUCCACGAAAAGGGAGACCACGAGUACACCAAGCCAUGGAAAAGGCAACCAAAAAGCUCAACAACGGCAAGUAAAACAAUAUGCUACAAGUGAAAUCAGGCAAGGAGGAGGAGGAGAAGCAUCUGAAGAAAUUAGGAAGGUUGUGGCAGAACAAGCUGGUCUGACAAUGGCGGAACAUCUACAAGAAGAAGAAGAAGACAUCAAGAAGGCAUACAAGACCACUCCCAAUCAAAACCCCAUACAUAAGGCACCAGAAAUCAAUGAACCUGUCCAAAUGAGAUUUCUGGCAAAAAAAUCAAAGGAGGCAUACGAAACCACACCCAAUCAACACCUCUUGCAGAUGGCAACAGAAAUCAAUGAAAGUGCCACCAUGGAAAAGCUGGCAAAGAACUCAGAGGGGACAACCAGGAGAGAACCAGUAGCAACAGGAAAUACCCACCAACAAGGAGAAACAAUCCCGCAAACUACAAUGUCACAGACAAGCCAGCUGUCACCCCGACCAGGAGCAUACAUGGGAGCUCCAGGGGAAGCCUUGCUGCGUGCAAACACUCUCCGAUUCUCCCUUGUAGGAGCCAGUGGAACCACUGGUCAGGGUGAUUUGGUGCAGGUGGAUGAUCCAGUUGAUCCCUCCGUUGUUGAAGAACCAAACCCUGCAUUGGCCAGCAUCAACCAUGAAACUAGGGACAACCAGCAACUGGCAGUGGCCAAUCCAGUCCUGGAUGAUCCUGAUGAGGAGCAAAUGAGGCCACUGGCCAAUCCGGUCGAUCUUCAACAAGUUGCUGAGAGAGAGCAGAAACGAACGAGACUGAGGCAGGUAUAUAUUUUAUAUGUGGUGAUACUGAUCAUUGUGGCAGCCAUUGUUGUUGGCACAGUUGUUGGAACACAACGGAACGAGGAGCCAGACAUUGUUGUUAUUCGGUCCACCGAGACACCAACCAUUUAUGGUUCCAUGGAGCCUUCCGCAGCACCAUCAUCAGCCCCCACAGGCGUUCUGGAGUUGCUCUUGGAUAAUCUACCGAUUCAAACAUUGGCUAGGAUCAACAAUGGCAGUGAAACUCCUCAGUGGAGAGCUUGGCAAUGGCUUGUGAAUCAUCAAAACAUCACAUUUCUUCCAGAAUGGAGAAAGGAGCAGUUGUUUGCUCUAGCUACAUUCUACUAUGCCUUUGAGGGAGAAAAUUGGAAUCCUCUCAUAAAGGGGCAUGGGUGGAUGGAUGACACAGUUGAAGAGUGCAACUGGUUCUCCAGUGGAUUUGGAUAUUUCGAUGGCGAAGGAAAAUUCAUCGAAGAUGCUUUGCAGUCACCAUGCAACAGUCAUGGUAAAUUCACUGCUCUUUGGUUGAACGAACUCCAGCUUUCUGGAUUGACACCUUCUUUUCCAGCAGAGAUCACCAUGUUGACUUCCUUGUCCCACCUUGAGUUCGUUUAUAAUGAUAUUGAGACAUCAAUUUCAUCUCUCUUCCCAGCAGAAUUGUAUGAAAUGACUGCAUUGACUGGUUUGCUCUUUCUCAAUGAACAAGUGACUGGCCAACUCCCAAGCGAGCUUGGAGAGCUUACUGCUUUGGAGCAUUUGUGGUUCUUUCGAACUCAGUUGACUGGUCCCCUUCCAUCAGAGCUCGGAAGACUCUCUAAUGUGUCACACUUUUGGUUCUCCGAAAAUCAGUUGACCGGGCCUGUGCCAUCAGAGCUUGGACAACUCACCAACUUGGAUUGGUUGCAUUUGAGUAAAAAUCGAAUCACUGGCCAGAUUCCCUCUGAGUUUGGUCAGCUGAUUAGUUUGACAAUUUUGGGAUUGGAUGAAAACCAGCUGACCGGACCUGUGCCAUCCGAGUUUGGCCUUUUGACAAAUUUGGUUUAUCUGGAUCUAACCGGCAACCUUGGCUUGUCUGGCACAAUCCCAGAGGAGCUAUGCUUCUUGCAGAAUGUGUCUUGUAUGUAUGGGCCCGUUUGGAUCGCUCAGCCCUGUUAUCUUGGGUUUGACUGUACCUCUGUCUUGUGUGGAUGUGAUUGUGCCUGUUCCAAUUAA